CUUGGCUAAUAAAAACACAUAACAAAGGAGCAAGACUAUGCACUGUGUGCCAGUGCUCCAUCAUGAAGGUCUAUAGAACUUUCUUGCUCUGCAACCUCCUCUCUGCAGUGUUUGCUGAUAUUUUAGAUGGUUACACCAAAACAGAAGGGGCAUGGAUUAUAUCUCUUCUUAGAAGGGAGUACAUUAUAACCACGGUCCCUGAGUGUGCCGCCAAAUGCCGUGAUGAAACAGCUUUCACUUGUAGGUCUUUCAUGUACACUCAAAAGGACCAAGAAUGUGUGACUUUGCCAGUGAACUCAAAAACGAAGACACUUACAAGGAGAAUGAACACUGCUCUGUAUGAAAAAAAAGAGUAUUUAAUUGAGUGCAAAAACGGCAUUGGGUCAGACUACAGAGGGACGAUGUCCACAACCAAGUCAGGAAAGCAAUGCCAGAGAUGGGGAUCAACCUUCCCACACAAACCCAAUAUAACCCCGGACACUCACCCCAACAGCGACCUGGAGUCUAAUUUCUGCAGAAAUCCAGAUGGAGACAAGACAGGCCCCUGGUGCUACACAAUGGACUGGGAAACCAGAUGGGAGCACUGCAAUAUCCAAGACUGCAGUGAGGAAUGCAUGCACUGCAGUGGGGAGGACUACAGGGGGAAAGUCUCCAAAACUGAGAGCGGGUUGACCUGCCAGCGCUGGGACUCCCAGAAGCCCCAUACCCAUGGCUACCAGCCCCACGUUCUGCCUGACAAGUACCUUGAGGAGAACUUCUGCAGGAACCCAGAUGGAGAGCCCAGGCCCUGGUGCUUUACCACCCUUCCCACCAAACGCUGGGAAUUCUGCUCCAUCCCCCGCUGCACCUCUGAACCUCCCAAAAUCGUCGAGGAGCUGACUUGUGCCACUGGAGAUGGCAGUGCCUACAGGGGCACCAUUGCUGUGACCGAGUCUGGGAAAGCCUGCCAGAUGUGGUCGUCUCAGGAGCCACACAAACAUACCAGGACUCCUGACAACUACCCAUGCAAGGGUCUUCAGCUGAAUUACUGCAGAAACCCUGACAAUGAGAGAAUGCCUUGGUGCUACACGACCGACUCAGACACCAGAUGGGAGUACUGCAAGGUACCAAGCUGUGGAGAUGAGCCCUCACCAAAUGAGCCACUUGAACCAGGGGUGGACUGUUACAGGGGGAACGGGGAGUCAUACCGUGGCGUGAUGUCUGAGACCAUCAGCGGCAAGAAGUGCCAGUUCUGGAGCUCUAUGGUUCCACACGCCCACAACAAGACGUCCAGGAAGUACCCUAACGCAGACCUGAGGCGGAACCUGUGCAGGAACCCGGAUGGAGACCGCGCUCCCUGGUGCUACACCACUGACCCCUCUGUCCGGUGGGAGUACUGCAAGGUAGAGCAGUGUCCACCUGAAGUCCCUACAACCAAGCCUGAUGUCCCAGUCAUAGCUGUAGCCACCAGCAGCCCAGGAACACCAGAUGCUAAAGACUGCAAGGUUGGCAACGGUGCAACUUACCGUGGCCCCACGUCCAUGACUGCUCUUGGGGUAACCUGUCAAGCCUGGAGCUCAAUGAAACCCCAUCAGCAUUCGAGCUUCACGCCCGAAACACACCCCACCAAAGGCCUGGAAUCCAACCAAUGCAGAAACCCUGAUGACGAUGUGAAUGGACCAUGGUGCUACACAACAGACCCAAACAAAAAAUGGGACUACUGCCAAAUUCCAGAUUGUUCUAGCACGUGUGGGAAGCCCAAGGUAAAGCCCCGGAGGUGCUUUGGGAGAAUCGUCGGAGGAUGUGUGUCCAUGGCUCAUUCCUGGCCCUGGCAGAUCAGCCUCCGCACCAGCUUACACCAGCACUUCUGUGGGGGGACGUUGAUCCAGCCGCAGUGGGUUCUGACAGCUGCACAUUGCUUGGAGAGGUCCAGAAGGCCAUCUGCGUACAAAGUGUAUCUCGGAAUUCAUGAAGAGGCAGCCAAGGAGGCAACGAAGCAAGUCCGAGAUGUGGAGCGCCUGGUUUUGGGACCAGACGGAACAGACAUAGCUUUGCUCAAAUUAGACAGACCUGCCAUCAUAAAUGAUCAGGUGCAAACUGUGUGCUUACCUGAAAAGGAUUACAUUGUGCCAAGCGACACAGAGUGCUACGUGACUGGCUGGGGUGACACUAAAGGCACUGGUGGAGACGGUGUGCUGAAGGAAACAGGCUUCCCUGUCAUUGAAAACAAAGUGUGCAACCGGCCUGCGUACCUUAACGGAGCGGUGAAGGACCAUGAGAUGUGUGCAGGGAACAUCGAGGGAGGCUCAGACAGCUGCCAGGGUGACAGCGGCGGCCCCCUCGUGUGUUACGCCAAAGAAACGUUCGUUCUCCAGGGGGUGACGUCUUGGGGGAGAGGCUGUGCCAUGCCCAUGAAGCCUGGCGUGUAUGUGAGAGUCUCAAAGUUUGUGGACUGGAUCAAUGAACAGAUCAAGAAAUAUUCAUAACUAACUAAUUGCACCAUCAGCAUUUUUUUGGGUAAGAUGAGAAGUUUUUUUGUUUGUGUGUUUUUUGUGCUGGAAAACAAAAUUUGGAAUUGGCAAAAUGGAUUAAUUACACGUGACUAGUUAUUUUGGGUAAAACCACAAUACUGUACAUCAUUUUUUGUUGAGCCUUCAUCCAAAUGGGGGAAUAAAAUCAAAUAAUUGAUCCAACAUUGAUGCUGGAGAGUCUAGUUUCUCUGCUGCCCAUCAAAUUACUGCACUGUG